AAGAACCAUCACCAGCUGCAGUGAGAAGGUUAUCACCACUGACUGCAAAACUAAAAGGUGCCAGGUCCUCUGCCUGAUCAGUAGGAGGGGAAGCCAUGGCCAGAGUGACAAAGGCAGAAGACUUAAGUGCCUUACACUCCUUCUCUCAAGGAAUCACGUUUAACCCACGACUGCAGUCUACGCAAAGCAGAGCAUCGUUGUGUGGUGACAGGCAGAAUUCAAUUAAAUCAGCUGCAUCUGUGAGCUCUGUCCCAGAUCGCACAUUAUUCUCCCGGGACAUUGGGCAGAUCUUACUUCAAAAGACAGCUGAAAAAGAAGAUGAACUGAAAAAAGCAUUUCAAACUCUUGAUGUUGGUCAAACCCUGACAAUCACAAAGGAUGAAUUUAGGAGAGUGAUUGAAACUUUUCUUUUCCCUCUAACCCAAGCCGAGUUUGAUGCUGUGCUGGCAGAGGUCCCAAAUAUUGGCAAAGUUACUGUGCCCUAUCUUGACUUCCUCUCAAAGUUCACUGAAGUUGCCAGAAGUACCAGCAUGCUAAAAAGGUUGAACAACAGCCGAGGUAGCCAAAUAAUGACAUUAAAUCAACUGGAAUCCCUCCUCAAGGAGAAAAUUGUGAAGAAUGUGAAAAGCGUUAUCAGGAGCUGCAGACUUUUUGACUACAACCAUUCAGGACAGAUACAGAGGCAAGCACUAAGGCAAAUUCUUGAGAUCGCCUGUUUUAGGAUGAAGGACUCAGAAUUUGAAAAGCUGUGGAACCAUUACUGUUAUAGAGAUUCAAAUGUGAUAGAUUAUAAAGAAUUUCUGAAGAAUUUUGGCAUAAAUAUAGUUAAGGAAAAGAGUACAGAAAACCAAGUUCCAGCACUAACCUGCCAGAAGAUAAAAGAAAAAGAACAGAAACAGAAAAAACUUCUACAGCCAUCACCAGAAGAGCGCGCUGUGACAGAGUGCAGUCUGGAUAGCACUGAGAGGGCAUUUAGAGAGAAGCUGUGUUCAGCCUAUAAGGACAUUGAAAAAGCCUUCAGAGCAAUUGAUGUCAGUCAGAGUGGAUUUGUGUCUUUGGAUUACCUGAAAUCUGUCAUAAAUGGCUUUAUAUUUCCUUUACCAAAUGAAACUUUUCAGAAGCUAAUGAACAGAGCUGGACUGAAAGCCACAGGUAAAAUUGCUUGGCAACAAUUUUUAGAAAAAUUUCGGGAUCCUGGGGGCGCCUUUAAAAACAGGCGGACAAUUCCAAUGAGAAAAAAACAUGAAGUAAAUCCAGUUAGAGGAGGAGAUGAAACUUUCUCCGGUGACACUGUUCAUCAGAAGCUGCGCAGAUACAUUCAAGAUGUUUAUCCCUUGCUAAAGCAGGCAUUCCUUGUGCUUGAUGAAAAACGAGAUGGAAAGAUCACAAGAGAUGAGCUUCGUCAUAUUUUACAUUACUUCUUACUUCAAAUAAAAAAUAAAGAUUUCCAGGAGCUAAUCCAGAUAAUUGAUCCAGGACAGACUGGAUAUGUUGACUAUCAUAAGUUUUUAGACUUGGCUGAAGAAAAAGAGUCUCUAGUGGCGAAGAUCCUUUCAGAUACAAUCACAGAAAACUGGAAAGAUUUUCAUAAGACUUUGCAGUCCUAUGAUCCUAAAUGUACUGGCACUAUUAGCAGAAGUCAUCUAAGAAAAGUUCUACAGAUGUAUUGCCCUUCUUUGUCAGACCAACAAUUUAUGAAGUUAUGCUGCAAAUAUCAGGAUAAUUCUUCUGGUGGGAUCUUUUACAACAUGCUUUUGAAUAGCUUAAAGGUUGCUGUUUCUCCUGAUGACUUAAAUGGUAUCAGCUCACAUAUAUCAAAGGGAAGCCAACAAAGAGAGGAAAAAAGGCAAACAGAUCUUUCAAAAAGAAUGAAACAGAUUGAAGAUCAAGCUAACAAAUAUGCCAAGAAUAGAACUGUUGAUGAAGUAAUUGAAAGGCUGAAGGACAAAGUGUUACAACAGGCAGCAACUAUUAAAGACAGCUUUCUUGCCUACAAGAAGCAAUCAAAUGGGAAAAUUACUAAAGUUGGUUUGCGGAAGGUGUUGGAGAAUCAUGGCAUGCCAAUGGAUGACAAUCAGUUUAAUCUACUAACAGAAAAGUUAGGAUUCCCAGAUGGAGGGUUGAGUUAUCUGGAUUUUGUGGCGAUAUUUGAAGAUGCCAGAUUGAAUGGGCCAGGAGCUACCUUAUGUCACAGUCCAAACUGCAGAGGAAAUAAUGCUAAAUAUCACUACAUGACUGCUGAACAAUGUCUCAGUCAGCUUAAUGAUAAGCUGAUGGAAGUCUAUGGGGACACCUAUUCUGCCUUCCGUAACACAGACAGUAACCGUGAUGGUAUCGUCAACAUGCUUGACUUUCGACACCUCUUGGAUAGCUUUCUGUUUAGCCUUAGAGAUGAGGAGUUCUUGCGCCUACUUGGUGUGUUGAGAAUGAACCCGACCUCCACGUUAAAUUACCAGGAAUUUUGUCAACUGUUCCAGACCCAGGAAAUUAAGGAGGUACCUCCCUGGCUGAUUCCACCUCAUAAAAAAAAACAGAUGAUAACGGAUGCAGAGCUAGCUUGUGAUCAGGCUCAUUACUACCUUGUUAACAAAGCAAGAACCAGAUGGCAUGACCUAGCAAGGAGUUUUCAGGAAUACGACAGUGAAGGAAAUGGCAUUAUACAGCCAGAGGAUUUGAAAAAAGUCUUGUUCAGAUUUGGCAUUCCAGUCACCCCAGAAGAAUUUAAGAAGCUUUGGGCAAGGUAUGAUACAGAUGCAAAAAGAUAUCUUACUCACCAAGAAUUUUUACAGAAACUGGGGAUAGAGUUUUCACCCGCUGACACAGGGCUCAGCAGACUUAUCACAGAAGACAAGUAUGCACACUUAGAAGCACAUUAUAAUAAUCAGCAAAAGAAGCAUUCAAAGCUGGAAGAGCAGCAGAAACAGCAAACAAAAGCUCUGCAUGUAAACGAAAUGAAAAAGCAGAUCAAGGAUAAAUUUAGGGAUUACUUUGAAGAUUUCAACAAGGUCUUUCAAAAAAUGGAUCAGAAUAGACAUGGCUACAUAACAGUAUGUGACCUGCACAGGCUACUACAAGAAUUUGACUAUUUCCUUGACUAUGAUCAGUUCAAUGGCCUUCUAAAUAGCUUAGGAAUCAGCAUUCAUGACAGCAAGCUCUCUUAUUUUGAUUUUCUGAGAGCAAUUGAUGAUGGCAGAGCAUCUAAAUACCAACAGAGACAAAAGCAGGCUGCACCACCUGCAAGCUUUGCAGCUCUCAGCUUAGAAAAGACCCUAAUUAAGAUAAAAGAAAUAGUUGCAUCAUCUUAUGAUUUGCUGUACAAGGCAUUUUCUCUGUUUGAUAAAGAAGAUACUGGGGUGAUUAAAAUGCUGGAAUUUCGGCAGGUACUUGACCAUUUCUGCUUUAAGUUAUCAGACAAACAAUUCAAGUACCUUCUCAAGAACCUUAAUCUUUGUGAGGAGUUGACAAUAAACUGGAAGAUUUUCCUGAAAAACAUCAUCCUCAACUCAGAGACCAAGCAAGGGCAAAAAGUCACUGUACCUAAAUCUUCUCGGGAGCUGUCAAAGAAAGGCAUCCUCUCCCGGAUACAAGAAGUAGUGACUGCUCGCUUUAGUACAAUUGCACAAGAGUUUAAAGAUAUUGACUCUUCAAAAGAUAACACAGUAUCAAAAGAGGAGUUCUGGGAUAUAUGUAACCGACAUUUUCUGCUGCUGACUGAAGAACAAUUUGAAAAUCUUUGGAACACAGUGGAUGUCAAUGCUGGUGGACGGUUGAAGUAUCAGGACUUUUUGAAGAAGUUCAGAUCAGAACUUGUAAGGAUACCAUCAAGCGCUUCCAGUACAACUAGUUCUGCAUCUUCUGCCAAGCCAGUUGCCGGUGCCAUGCUGGAGCCACAGGUUUCUUCUCAGCCUGAACAUCCCAAGACAUCAUCUUCUCUGGGAGGGCAAAAGAGAAUACCAGCAUCCAGCUGUCCUCAGACAACAGCAGCAUGUUCUGGACUUGUCCUUAACUGUGAACCAAUAGAAAAUAAGAUAAGAAAGAACAUCAAGCAUUCUUGGAGAGGCAUACUGAAAGAGUGCAAAGAGAAGGAUGUCCGCAAGCAAGGAGAAAUCCCAGUGUCAGACUUCCUAGCUAUAGCAGAGAAGUUCAAGUUGGAUUUAAGUGAAGAGGAAGUUAACCAAAUAACAACAAAAUAUGAUUUCAAGAAUAAUGGAAAAUUUGCAUACUGUGACUUUCUUCAGAGCUGCAUCUUGCUUUUAAAGCCACAGGAAAGCUCACUGCUACAAAGAAUGAUUAUACAGAAGCCACAAAUACCGAUGAGUCCUGGACCACAAACCACAUCAUUCUUCAGUGCAAUGCUGAGAAUUCAACCCCAGAUCCUGCACUGCUGGAGACCUAUGAGGCGAACUUUUAAAUCCUAUGAUGAAAGUCGGACUGGAUUGUUAAAUAUUCCAGAUUUCAGACAAGUUCUUCGUGAGUACAGCAUUAACCUAACUGAAGAAGAGUUAUUUAACAUCUUGGAAUAUUAUGAUAAAACUCUGUCUUCAAAAAUAUCCUAUAAUGAUUUUCUCCGGGCAUUUUUACAGUAGGAUUUGGUCGAAUGAAGGAAGCUGUAGAUAAAGUAGAUAAAGAGAGUGACUGAUUUAUAAUUUCAAAUUUCAAACUAAUAAAUUAAUUGAGUAUGGCCUUUUUGUAUCUAUUCAUUAGAAAUCUCAAAAUACUUAACAAUUCUGACAGAGUGGUCCUGUGUUGUGGAUUAAAUCUACAUAGUGAGGGAAUUAAUUUUGCAUAAUCCAUUUAUCAAAAAGAAAAAGACAACGAUUAACGAUGUCAAAAUAAUGCUUCCUAAGACAUAUCCAAAAGCAAUAUAUUUAAGAAAGUUCUUUCUUAAAAUUUUAUGCAUUUUAUUAAUGACAUCCUCUGACUUUAGUAAAAAGGUUUACAAGGCAUACUAUUCAAUUUCCUCAAUUUUCCAAAUGUAUUACUUUUAACUUAUUAUCCUUUAUUAUUCAAAAAAUCAUUCUGUUCACAAUCCAUCUUUUUCCUCUACUUGAUCAUGCAGUGCCAUAUUUGUAUUGCCAAUGACAUUACAUGUUAACAUGGAAUGGCCGUUAAAAUUUGAGCAGAUGCCAAUUGUGCAUGGACAUGCCACCUUCUUCUGUUAAAACCAUUCUUCUACCUCCUUUGGUACGGUUGAAAAAAUAAGUUACUUUACUAACCAGCGUUGGCUUCUUAACUGCAGAGGUAUAUUCCCAGUUCGAGCCUUGAGGCUUGUUUUUAAGGAUAACACAUAUUUUUAUAUAAUAAGCAGUAAACUGCAAGUAAAACCUCUGGUGAGAUUCCCCCAUUCAGAAAAGUUAUGUUUGAAUAUCUUGUGAGACACUUUGAUCUUGACAAGCAAAUUAAAAGAUAAUUGUUUUGACUGUUGAACUGUUGUGAUAAUUAAAGGAUAUAUGAUCAUUAGAGCCUGCUUCCUGGGAUUAUAUCAGCACUUAAGCACCUCCUCUGAAGAGCUGUUAGAUAAAUACAUCACCUUCUGCUUCUUGAAUUAGUUUUCAUUGGUACAGCGGAAAGCCCUGUCCUCAUCACCUAUAUAUAUUUGGUCUGUUUUGUUCUCCCAAGUAGCAUAUAAAGAUGAGUCAACAAAAAACUAACCAAACAAAAAAAAUUGGGAGGAAGUUACAAAUAUGUGUGUGUGUGUGUGUG